CACUCAAAUUCAAUUCCCCACCAUACAAUAUAAUAUCUCCCCCCGCCCUCUCCCUCUUCCCCGUCCAAAACAAGAAGCCUCUGUUUUUCACUACAAGAAAAACAAAGCCGGACACCCACACUACAUGUGCUGCAUAAGUCUCUGAUGAAGAAAAACACUCACACUCCCUACUAUCCUCCAUGUUGUUUUCAUCCUUUGGCUGCAACAAUAUUCUUCCGCAUCCUCCUCCUCAUCUGGGUCUCCACCAUUCCCCCCAGUGCUGCUCAGCGCUCACUGGUUUUUGAAAAUACAAGAAUAAAAAACGCCUACAUUGCUCUCCAAGCUUGGAAACAAGCCAUCAUCUCCGAUCCCUUGAAUCUCACCUCCGACUGGGUCGGACCCGACGUCUGCAACUACACCGGCGUCUUCUGCUCCCAAGCUACCGAUGACUCUAGCGUUCGCACCGUCGCCGGCGUCGACCUCAACCACGGGGACAUCGCCGGGUACCUCCCGGAGGAACUCGGCCUUCUUCGCGACCUCGCAUUGUUCCAUGUUAACUCGAACAGGUUCUGCGGGGGGGUUCCGAACAGCUUCUCGAGCUUUAAGAUCUUGUUCGAACUCGAUUUGAGCAACAAUCGGUUUGCCGGGAAGUUCCCGGAGGUGGUUCUCGGUCUCCCGGGGCUUAAAUAUCUGGACCUCCGGUUCAAUGAGUUCGAAGGGAAAGUCCCGAGAGAGUUGUUCGACAAAAGCCUCGAUGCCAUCUUCAUUAACAACAACAGGUUCGCUUUCGACGUGCCGGAAAACUUAGGGAACUCGCCGGUGUCCGUCCUGGUUCUUGCGAAUAACAAGUUCCGAGGUUGCGUGCCGGCGAGCUUGGGCAACAUGUCUCGGACCUUGAACGAGCUGAUUCUGAUGAACAACGGGUUCCGCUCGUGCUGGCCGCCGGAGAUCCGGUUGUUGAAGAACUUGGUUGUUCUCGAUGUGAGCUUCAAUGGGUUUGUGGGGCCAUUGCCGGAGACAAUGGGAGGGAUGGUGAAGUUGGAGCAGCUGAAUGUGGCUCACAAUAUGCUUUCCGGGACGAUUCCGGCGAGCAUCUGUGCACUUCCGAAUCUGCAGAACUUUACCUAUUCGUACAAUUUCUUCACCGGCGAGCCUCCAGGAUGUUUGGCUUUGCCGGAUUUUGAUGAUCGGAGUAAUUGUUUGCGGGGAAGGCCGGCACAGAGAUCCACAUUGCAAUGUAGAAAGUUCUUGUCUAAGCCUGUUCAUUGUGCUUCAUUCAAAUGUAAUGAUCCACUUGAUCCAUCUUCACCUCCACCUGCACCACCACCGCCGCAGCCAGUGCCACCACCCCCUUCUCCAUUACCAGCUCCGCCCUCCUCACUACCGCCGACGCGUCCAGUUUCCCCGCCACCUCCACCUCCACCUCCGCCUCCUCCAAAUUCACCACCACCCUCACCACCGCAAACAGAACCUCCGCAUCCUCCGCCACCAUCGCUGUCGCUGCCGCCGGCUCCGGUAUUCAACGACCCAUUGCCACCAAUUAUCGGGAUUUCAUACGCAUCUCCUCCACCACCGCCUUUCUAUUGAUUCUUUUAGAAUUUGGUUCAUUGAUGCCAUCUCGUCUCUCAAAAAUAAUGAGCCCAUAAGCUUAAAUUAGUCAGGGAGUGUAAUUGAGCCCGCCCAGAAACAGAGAAUGCCAGAAAUUUGUAGCUACUGUCUCUGCAUUUUGCUUAGGAAACCAGACGAGGAAGGAAGAAAAGGAAGAAUAAAAAAGGAGCAGAGUGUCUCUAUCUAUAUUAAUGUGGAUUGUAAUAUUGGGUGUUCUCUGAGCUUUUAAUUAAUUAAAAUAUGCUUUAAGAGGUAGCUAUGGAGGUAAGAGUAGGGAGCAGGGAAUGUAAACUGAAAAGAUGAGACCAGUGAAUUUGAAUGAUGAUGAUGAUGAGCAGAGGCUUCCACUUUCA